ACACAAAGCGCAGAUUGCACAGUGAUGUAAAAUUCAAAACUACCGACACAUUUUUUGUGUUCUUCAAACGGUCGCCAUCGUUAAAAGUUGCGUUUUCCAGCAAAAAGUAUUUUUGAUUUGAUUCAUUUGUGUUGAAUGCAGUGUCUCAGUUGUGAAAGUCUUUUUUGAAGGAUUUCUGGGGAAUAUUUCAAUACCAAGUGCCGGCCGAUAGUUCAGCUCUCCUUGUGACAACAGUGACCGUUGGUGAACCGGUGGAUAAUGGAUUCCAGGGCGUCCGAUGUUUUGAAGAAACAAAGAUAUCUAGCAGCUCAGACGCUGCAAAAAGCGGAUGACAUGCGUGAGAAAAGCCCGUUGAACGGAAAAGGCCCUACCAGGAGUAGUCGCUUUGUGCUUUCUCCGCCCACGCAAGAUUGGGAGGACACCCGUAGUGACAAUGGAUCUAUGCUUCAACCCAGACAAUAUAGAGCUGUUAACAUCACCGAACUGGAAGAAGACAAAACCAUACACCUGCAGGCCACUCCUCAGAAAGUAUCGUUUGAACCUAAGGAAAUAGCGGCUCGUUCAACUAUGGAAAAAAUCGCGGAUCAAACCCGAAGGAAACUGGCGAUGGAGCAGAUGGCUCCGGAUAUUCACGCAAUUUUGAACAACAGUAUUGCUCCGGAAGUCCGUGAACUCAGUGGCAUGUACAGUGGAAGGUCGUCCACCGAUUCGGCCGUACAUUUACUGCGGUCUGAUGAUCGACCGGACGUUAGUCUACCGCGAACUGCGGACAUGAGUCGCGUCUCGGCAAUGAGAGAAUCUAUUUCGUCAAACGCUUCCAAGAAUGUUCAGGGAGACUUCUGGGAUUUGCCAGCGAACGAAGCGGCGGCGCCGUUUGCCAGUAGUUGGAUGCAGAAAGAGCUAACCCAACUGGAGGAUAUCAGUUUCCAUCCGGCGGAAAGUCAGCAAUCGCGUCUGAUGGCCGACGAAUUAGCUUGGGAACAGGAGAAUGCCAUUAUUCCGCAGAUGAAUGCAAAUAAAGGAUCAAAAAGUGGUAUUUCACCGGUGGAACGGUUGAAGCUGCCCCGAAAUUUAAAGAAUCAUGUGGACUUUUCCUGCUUCUCGGGAUAUUUGGCACAGGAGGAGGCUGGACCGAUGCACGCAACUCGUAUCGAGGAUAGCAGUUACUGCUCGGUCGGGGAAUACUUCAAUAAGAUGUCGGACGAUUUGAAAGGAAUGAUCUCGCAAACUAGCCCGCCUCGCAGAACUCCACUUCCGCUGGUGGAUGUUAGUAAUAUAGAACACACAGAUGAAUCCAACGGGAAGACUCCGGCAAAAUCGAGAACAAAUCCGCAGUCGUUGUCAGACACCACUGACAAGGAAAAUUCUCUAAGUGUGUCUAAAAUUAUGAAAGCAAUCGAUGCAAUACACCUUGAGGACUCGCCAUCGGACUUCAUCAAUAAAAUUCAACAUCUACGUAAAGGAAAAUCCGGUCGUGAUGGACUAACAAGAGAACGCCCAAGCAUGCCGUCAACUCCUAAGCCACAAUCGCCAGCAGUGGUGCACAAGACUGCAUCUUUGAGAACUGAUUUGGCUUCGGUUGUGCAAACGCCAUCCUUCGUUAGUGACCUGAAAGAGGCAAAACAACGUGCCUUGAAGCCUGGUAAUCUAUCCGAUACAGCUAGUUUUACGGAAUCUCUAUUAGAAUCAUCGGCCUUCGUUCCGAUAGAUCCCCGAGUGAUCACGUCUAGCCCAAAAGAAAUGUCUGCACCUUCUUCAGCAGCCAAAUCUGUACAAAGCGAAGUUGACGGAACUUACAAUGUCUCGACCGCAAAGAAACCAUUUUUGAAUACAUAUCGUGUAUCGACAGCUACGAAACUAUCUGAAAAUCAACUGGAUCUGCCUCCGAUCCCAAUGAUUCGAGAAGCCCCGAAGUGUCAGAAAAAAAUUGCCCUAGAAGGUCCACCGGUUAAGCCCAAUCGUAAACGAAGGUCCAGUUCUGCCACCCGUCAGGAACUUUUGGACGCCGAAGAGAAGCGUUUGGAUGUUGCCAACACACAACAGAAAAGAUCUCGAUCACCUACAAACAUUGCAGAGCUGAAGGCAGUAUCCAGCCAGUUGACGGUCUACAACGAAACACCAAAAAGUUCCAUUCCAUCGCAGCGUUCAGUGCAACCAAAACAGACGAAUCGGUCGUUUCUUUCGCCUGAGCCAAGAAAUCGUGACAUUUACACGAACGACAAAUCUCCCUUUACCUCUCCCAAAUCGAUUGGUUCGUCAGACUUGGGAGAAGUCGAUAGAGCCGCCUAUUCGGAACCAUCUAAAUCCCCAAAAAGAUACAACAUGCUCGGGUCAGCUCGCUCCGCCUCCCAGUGCUCGGUUGCUAGUAGUGAAUUUAGCCAUAGGGAUGGAGUACUGCCCCUGAAAGCUACCCAUUCCGAACUGUCUUGGCCAAGUACAAAACUCAGGAGAAGUGAGAAAAAAUCAAUACAAAUUAAAAAUAUGUCUAAUAAGAAGUUGAUAAUCAAAGCAUCUAUUACUGGGCCCGGUUUCCAAUUGUGCGGAACUGAACAAGUAUUAACUUUGCACAGUCAGGAAUGUCGCACGGUCACAAUCGACUUUUGUCCUACCGUAAUAGGACCUGCAGUUGGGCUUCUUAGCUUCCUGCCUCCACAUGACAACUAUGCCCAUCGUUCGGUUUCCCUUUUCGGUUACGGCGGAGAAGCUUCCAUUCGUGCAGAAGGAAUUCAAAAAGGACCAACUGGUCCUUAUUUGGAACUCGGUCAAGCUCGAAACCUUGGGCGGCCACUAGAAAAGUCUUUCACGCUAUACAACAAAGGAAGCCUUCCGGCAUUUGCGCGCAUUGCUAUCGAUAUGAAGAAAGUUGACCAAACUUUCCUAGCCAGUGCAGUAUUCGUUCAACCACAAAAGGUCAUUAUUCCACCAAACACUUACGUCCACAUCAACGUCAGUUUCAAACCACGUCGGCAGGAAAUCGCCAAAAUUCUCCAAAAACACGUUGACGUACUUUCGAUUACUAAUCUCCAUAUCAUCUGGGGCGACGAAGCUACUCGUCACCGAAUUCGGCGCAUAAUCAGCAUGAUCAAAAGAAACGACCUUCAUGAGGAAAAUCUCUCCCCACUGGCAUCCGUGUGCGAAUUUAUUCCCAACGAACGCGAGUUCAGCGAACUCGAUUGCUUCGCAGAAAAUCUGUUCCAAACUGUCCACGAGCUGUUCCUUACAUUCCGUGAAUACGAGCUGGUCUUGACAAUCGAUCGAGCCCUGGACGAAACCAUGAUCGAUUUCACACUCACCGAAGACAGCAGUGCCCUCUUCAAAACCAUGUGCAUCUCCUCGGAGGGAGGUUCUCCCCGUCUCCCGGAAGACAUCUCCCCAGCACUACAGUCAGCGAAACGACAAAGUGGCGAGUCUUGGAGCGUACGGCCAACAUUCCUUGAAUUUUCUUCUUCGGAACGCACGAAGCAAUUCGUCAUCAAGAGCAACUUUUACACGACACAGUUUUUCGACUUGAACUCUAACUUUCGUCCGCUGUUCAAAUUUUCGCCCAUGGAAGGACAGAUUCGACCCGGACAGGAAGUGAUUGUAAAUGUGAAUUUCCUAACGGGGCCACAGCCGCAGCAACCGGUUUUCAUUGUGGUCUACAUUGAGAACGAGAAGAUCACCAUACCGGUGCACAUUCGCAACCGAAAUCGAUACGAAACCGGUGUGGCGCACUGAGAUGAAAGGCUGCUAGAAUAGAAUACUAAGAUAAAUUAUAUUAUAAUAUUUUAACAAGCUUAUUGUAGUGAUCAUUUUUUUUUUUUUUUUGUUAUCUCCUUAAUUUAUUUGUGCUUGCGUCUUGCUUGCACAUUCAUGUAACCCAGUGCACUAAUCGAGGUUCGCUUCAUUCUUUCCUCACUUUCUAUUGAAAUAAAAUGUGCAUUCAUAGCAAAUUA